UCCACGAUCCCGAGUUCUUCCGUCCGUUCCAGCCAGUCUUCAUUUAUGCACCAGUCUUCGCGCGUUCAUAACUUCCAAUAUGGCGGCUUAUUUGAGUUUGUGAGUUGCAAGGAAACACAUUUGUCAUGAUCAAACGGAGAAAAUGAAAGGCCAAAAGAGUAGGACGAGGACUCAGAAUCUUAAAGAUGAAAAAAUAACCUCUGAUGAUAUACUGGAAGCAUUAGAUAUUGUACGUGGUCGUUUGUUCAGGGGUGAUGUACCACACCAUCUGCAUGGACUUGAUGACAGUGCCUCGCAACUUAAAAGUCUAAUUAGCAGGUGCGCAGAGUACGGYGAAAGCAAUUCUGUUCUGUUGGUGGGUCCAAGAGGAAGUGGAAAGUCUUUGGUCUUAAAAACAGUAGUGGGUUCACUAUGCAAGUCCAAAAGUGUGAAACAAAAUAUUAUUCAGGUUUAUUUGAAUGGUCUUGUACAUACUGAUGACAGACUGGCUAUGAUGGACAUAACAAGGCAGUUACAGCUGGAAAACACUGUUGGUGACCGAGUAUUUGGGUCAUCUGCAGAAAACCUUGCAUUUUUGUUGGACUGUUUAAAGAGUGGUGGACAUGAAAGUCUUUCCAUUCUCUUUGUUUUGGAUGAGUUUGACUUGUUCAUCCAUCACAAAAACCAGACAUUGUUGUAUAACCUGUUUGAUGUCUCACAGUCAGCACAAACACCUAUCUGUGUAGUUGGUUUGACUUGUAGAUUGGUCCAUAUUGUCUCUUCCAUCCUCUCUUUCAAACAAGACAUUCUAUAAAAGAUGGAAUGAACAUCUUGAGGAUUUGAUCAAGAGUAGUGAAGCCCAAGAUGUAUUGAGGCAGCAAUUUAGCUUAACRAAAGAUGUGAGAUCCCUGCACAAACUUCUGACUACACCGGUGUGCAAGUUAAACCCAGAGCAUCCGUUCUUGACACCUGCAGAUCUUCAGACAGCUCAGAAGGAACUUCAAAAAGAUCAUAAGCAAGCAGUUCUCUUAGGUGUAUCAGUGCUGGAGCUUUGUUUAAUAGUGGCCAUGAAACACCUGACAGYCACCUACAGUGGCGACCCUUUCAAUUUUGAAAUGAUUUUCAAAGAAUACAAAAAAUUUACUCAGAGGCCUGGCCAUACAGCUCAGUAUUUUGAAAGAGAAGUAGUAUUUAAGGCCUUUGAGCAUUUGUUAGCUUUGGAGUUAGUCAAACCCAUAGAAGGUUCAUCAAAGAAUGUACAAAAGGAAUAUCGCCUGAUGGUCUUACUGCUGAACWCUAGACAGGUGAUGGAGGCUGUUGAUAAAUACCCAGAGUGCCCUACAGAUGUAAGACAUUGGGCUAAAAGUGACUUGGAAUAGGUGAAAUAAUGCAUCAUGGUGAAUAAGUCAACAAGUUGAUGGAUGGAACAACUGUUGAUACCUUCAAAUAUGCCCUAAUGACACAACACACUCGGCAUUCAAUAGUAACAACUCAGACUUUGGAACAUGACUUCUGGCAGCCAGGUUAUUGAGACUAUUGCUACAGGUUAUCAGUAUGUUGGAGCUGAUUGCACAUUUGUAUGAGGUUGAUAAUGUAUGGUCAUCUGGAUUUAGGCACACCCUCGGCACACCCAUCAAAAUGUUCUACCCUGAAGAGUGUAUGAAAAUAAUUACAACACAACUGAUUUUGUUUAAUAAA